AUGGGAUACCCUUCAGAGUUAAAGCCUUCAAUAAGAAAGGUUGCAGACAAUGUGGUGACGUUAUCGGUGCCAUUCACUAUGAUGGGCAUCGCUCGCACAGGAGGCAGAAUGGCUAUCUUUCGUUACGGUGAUAAGAUAAUAUACUGGUCGCCCAUUCCAUAUGGAGAAUACAUUGAAGAGGCAAUCGAUCUUUUGGUCAGUCCCAGAGGUUCAGAAAAGGUGACCCAUCUCUUUGUGGUGAACAAGGAGCAUAAUUUGGUUGCAAAAAGCUACUUGGAGAAAUACCCGGAUAUCAAGAUUGUGGCUGGAGAAAAAGCUCUUGGGAAGGACACAGUCCAUUAUGAGUUUGAGCAAGCUGACGGCAAUAAGGUUAUCGAAGGAACCGAUGCCAAGAACAAGUUUGAGGCAGAGGGAGAUUUUUGGAGCAAUUUCCAGUUUGUGUACUUGUCGAGCCACUUAGCCAGGGAGCUUGUGCUCUAUGAGAAGACGCAUAAAAUACUAUUUGAGGGCGAUCUACUCAUGGAACUUAAUGAGCCCGACGCUAAAAGCAAUGAGGCUAAAUUCGAGUGCUACUCGCCAUCCACAGGCUUCGAGCAGAAUCACAAUCCCUACACUGGAUUUUCCUACUUCUGCAGAGGCUUGAGAGCAGGUGGUUGGCUUUCACGAGUAGUGCAUGCCUUUUUCCUGAAGACAUGGACCGCGGAGGGAGCGAAGGGUGUUAGGCUUGUCUACGAGGAGUUGGACUUCGACACAAUAGUCCAAUGUCAUGGAAACGUUAUAAUUAAUGAUCCCAAGGGUAUCUAUCUUCAGACUUAUCCAUGGUUGAAAAAGGAGCAGUGA